AUUAGCCAACCAACCCUUAUAUCCUCUCAUUUUGAAGCUUAUAUCUUUCUUUUGUAUCAAAAUUCUUCUUCUUUGUAUUAUAUUAUUCAGUUGUAAACAAACAUUGCACCAAAUUGAGCUCGUUCAUGUCAAGUUUCUUUCACUUUGGUACUUUUUGGAACAUCAUCGUCACAAACCUUCUUCUAAUAUGAAAAUAUUGUGUCUUCUCGAUAAAGAAAACUUUGUUCUUUUACAUAAUCCUUUAGACUUUUCACUUUCCAAAGAUUUUCAUCAAUCUUUCUCUCUUAAGUUCUAAAUUUUAUAUUCUUAAGUCUUUUUCAUUUUCUUCUUUUUUUGUACUUGUGUGCUUCAUAUCUAGUUUUCCCAAGCCUCUACAAAACAGAUUCUGAAUCUAGGUCAUUUUCUCUUUUUUCUUCCGCAUAUUUUCUCUGAAAAUUCUGUGAUUUCCAUGGAUAUGGUUACUCAAACAUCAGCUAGUCUCUCUCAAAGUUUUCCUUUCCAAACCAACACAAAAGACACAGAUGCCUCUUUCUCUUCAUACUCAAGCAACGCCAAGGAAGCCUUCAUACACAAUCUCAGCGAAUCAAGUCGAAAACUAAGUCCCAUCAAUAUCAUCCCCACAACCCAAGAAGACUCUGAAAACUUGAGAAGAAAAAAGGAACAAGAUGAAGAAAUUGGAGUUUUUGGAGCUGAAAAGUACUUCAAUGGAGUAAUCGACCAGGAAAGUCCAAGAAUUGCAAGCAACAUAGGAAGUGCAAGAAAGUACAAUUACACGAAAGAAGAACAAGUCAAUUCUGACCAAAUGAAAACAAAAAUUCAAUUCGGAACUCCUAGCGUUCGAUCCGAAUCAAGUUGGAACAGCCAAAGUAUUCUGUUGCAGAGUAAGAUGAUCAAAAAUCCUUACAGAAAAAAGAAGAACCACAAGAUGAUUAAUGGGAAGAACUUUUUCUCAAAUCUUGGCUGCAACUAUUGCUCUUGUUCUGAUAAAAAUGCUAUUGACAUAAACGAAGAUGUGGGCGAAAUCAGCUUCAAGAAGAGCAAUAAUAAUAAUAAUAAUGCAAAUUUCGGCCUGGUACAUGGAAAAUCCAGCACAGUUUCACCCAUCAAAACCACCAGCCUCAACUAUGUUGAUAAUCAUGCAGUUCAAAUCAACAAAUCAUCAUCCAUAUUGGAGAACAAAAUCAAAGAGGAAAUGAUGAACAUGAACAACAGAAGGCUCCAACGAGAACCAUGUUUCAGCUUCCCAAGCUCCAAACAUGGUGUGGGAAAUAAUAAUUUCCCAGUCGCCAAUAUUCAAUUUCAAGAAGAUCAUGAUCAAGACAAGCUGAGGAAGUCACUUGAGGUGUUUGGCUCUCCAGUUAUGGAAAAAGGAAACCGAUCUCUAAGCCUUGAAAGGAGGUUAACAAUGUUAUCUUGGGAUACAACUCCAAGAGUUGCAGAAGAAAUCGAAUGCAAUCCCGAUUCAACUACGAUCUACCAUGAUUCCGAAAGCGAUGCGAGCUCGGACUUAUUUGAAAUUGAGAGCCUCACAGGGAAAACAAACAAUAAUCCAUUUCUUACAAGGAUUCCAUCAGAUGAUAUCUCUGGAUGUGUCACCCCCACAACAUGUUAUGCACCGAGCGAGGCUAGCAUAGAAUGGAGCGUGGUCACUGCCAGUGCUGCAGAUGUGUCGAUCAUGUCGGAUUGCGAAGAGCAAAGAUCAGCAAUUCAUAUGUACAGUCCAACGAAAACUACUGCUGUUGCAAUACCAGAUAAUAUUGCUAAAACUAAUGCAAUCAACAAAGAGAUUCAAAGACGUAGAUCGAGUAAUAUCCUUUUAGGUUGUAAGAGUCAGAAAGCUGUGAGAGUUGCUGGAGAUGCUUAUAGAACUAAUGAUCAUAACAAGACUUUUUAUCAUGUCGACCACCAUGCUCGUCGAAGAUCUGAUUCCAACAUAUCCAUGACAAGGUUUCAAGGUGAGAAUAACUUGAUGGAUUUCGGCCCAAGAUUAGGGCAACAUGUUCUUCCUACUCACUCUCUCCCUCGUUUAAGCUCGCCGCGUAAUUCACAUCUUCUGUAUAUUCAGUAGUCUUUCGAUAAUAUUCAUCAAUAGAUGUAAUAUAUGUUUCAAGAAA